CUUUAAUUCCAUUUCGUAUACCAUUUUUAUUUCCCAUUUUUGUUUAAUUGUUUUCCAUAUAAAAAACAAAUACUACAUUAUAAAUAGCAAUCAUGUGCCACCGAACAUAAGGUUUGAUUGAAUCUAAAAGCCAUUAGUGUCCCAAUAAUGCAAACCAUAGCAAACGUACACUUCAAAUCAAAACCCAUUUCCCCACUCCAAAUCAAAAAUUAUUGACAAACAAUUUACUAUUAUAAUAACACAACAACAUACACAUCUUGACAUCCUUCACUCACAAAGUCACAAUUCACAAACACAAAAAAUUAAAGAAUUAAACCAUGACUACUAUUCUCUUCUGUUUAAUGCUUUCCAUUUCUUUCCUAAUAAUCUCUCCUUCAUCUUCAACCAUAAUGACACUCACUCUCUCACCACUUCCUAAAUCUAAAUCUUCAUCAAAUUCAUGGGAAUUUGCUUCCAACGUUUUAAAAUCCUCCAUUAAUAGAGCACAUCACCUUAAAAGUAAAACCCCCAACAAAAAAAGCAAUUCUUCUACUGGUAUCCAUGGUACUACCCAUACUUCCCUCUAUGCUCGUAGCUAUGGAGGUUACACCGUCUCGCUCGCAUUCGGUACGCCGCCACAAAAAAUCCCUCUCGUCUUCGACACAGGUAGCAGCCUCAAUUGGGUCCCUUGCACUUCCCGGUACACUUGCUCCAACUGUACAUUCUCUAAUAUUGAUCCUUCCAACAUUAUUACCUUCAUGCCAAAGUUAUCUUCAUCCACCCGUAUUAUAGGAUGCAAGAACCCGAAAUGUGGCUGGCUUUUUGGGCCUGAUGUUGAAUCCCAGUGCGGGUCUGAAUGCGGGUCCAACUGUAAACGGGCGUGCCCAACCUACAUCCUUCAAUACGGGCUUGGAUCCACUGCCGGGCUCGCUUUAUCCGAGACUCUUGACUUCCCUGGUACUGUUGUCAAAGACUUCUUUGUUGGAUGCUCCAUUUUAUCAAUUCGGCAACCCGAGGGAAUUGCUGGGUUCGGGCGGGCACCUGCAUCGCUUCCUAACCAACUUAAGCUCCGAAAAUUUUCAUACUGUCUUGUACCUCAUAAAUUUGACGACGGUCCUAGAAGUAGUAAGUUAAUCCUCGCAAGAGCUGGAGAACAAAUAUCCACCACACGCGAGGAGCCUAAAAGCGAGGUGGAAUACACCCCGCUGGGUAAAAACCCUACAACAUCUCCUUAUAAUGAAUAUUAUUACAUUACUCUAACAAAAAUUACCGUUGGUAAAAAGCUCAUAAAUUUACCGUAUAAAUUUCUUACCCCUGAUGUAAAUGGGGACGGAGGUACGAUAAUUGACUCAGGCACAUCACUUACUUUUAUGGAGAGAUCACUGUUCGAUCCACUUGUAAAAGAGCUGGAAGCACAAACAACCCAUUAUAAGCGGGCCAACGAUGCAGAGGCCCAAUCGGGUUUUGGCCUCUGUUAUAAUGUUCAUGAUGUACGAAAUGUUUCGUUCCCUAAGCUGGUUUUUCACUUCAAGGGUAAGGCUAAGAUGUUAAUGCCAUUAGCUAAUUAUUUAUCAUUCAUGAGUGAUUUGGGUGCGUGGUGCUUAACUAUUGUUUCUGAUUCUGGCCCGGCAGUACCCAGUAGUGGGCCUAUUGGGCCAGCUAUGAUAUUAGGUAAUUAUCAACAACAAAAUUUUUACAUCGAAUAUGAUUUAGAGAAUCAAAGAUUAGGUUUGAAGAAGCACAAAUGUGUAUAACAAAAGUAGUGCUUUUGGGCUUUUGGACUUUUUGGGUAUUUAUUUGAUUGUUUCUUUUCAAGUUAUGUAAAUAAAGGAGGCCUCACGUUUAGAGUGUUGCAUAAGCUUAGAACUCUCUAGAAUUAUCGGAGGUGAUCAAAAUUUUCAUGUUCUAAAUUUGUUUUGAAAAUUUCUAGGAAAUGAGAAAUGAUUCUUUUGUGUGAUCUAUAUGUUUUAAUUUGAUAUUCAUUGAUCAUUUGAUUAUAUUAUUAAAAUGUUUUUUUUUACUUGUUAUGUAUGAGACUAAAAUUUAUAUAAUA